CACCAAGUGUCAAAAUGAAUGGUUUAAGCUUAUAUUACAUUACUUCUCAUAGCACAAAAGUGUUUUCUUUUAUCAUAUACUUCAGUUAACUGCAGACAAAUGGAGGACUUUAUCGCGGGCUGGUUUGGAGGUUGUGCAGGUGUUAUCGUUGGACAGCCUAUGGACACCAUUAAGGUUCGCAUGCAGGCUAUGGAUGCUACAAAUAGUGGAAAACGGCAUAGCUUUAGAAAAGUCUUUUUCAAUACAAUAAAACAUGAAACAGUAUCAGGUCUUUUCAAGGGUAUGGCUCCUCCACUAACUGCAGUUGCUCUGCAGAAUGCAAUUCUAUUUGGUGUUUAUGGAAACACUCUGAAAUUAUUUGAAGCACAACCAAAUGGCACAUAUUCUCCACACCAUAUAGCAGUGGCUGGAUCAGUGGCAGGGCUUGCACAGUGUUUGAUAAUCGUUCCUUUAGAUCUCGUUAAAAUCAAGCUCCAAAUGCAAACUGAGGCAAAACGGAAGCAAUCUCUUUAUAAAGGACCAAUCGACUGCAUCAAGAAGAUUUAUCAAGUUCGUGGUUUUAAAGGUUAUUUUCAAGGUAUGUCUACAACCAUUCUGCGUGAUGUUCCAGGAUUUGGCAUCUAUUUUGGAGUGUACGAGCUUCUUUGUCAUUGGUUAUCCAAGGUUUUGGAUCAAAAUAGCGCUCUUAUACCGUUGACAUGCGGGGGRMUCGCUGGAGUUAUAUCCUGGAUGUCGACAUUUCCAUUUGACGUCGUCAAGUCGCGUCUUCAAGCCGACGGUAACCAUGGGAACUAUAGAUAUUCAGGGAUUGCUGAUUGUGCUGUGAAGAGUUUCCGYGCUGAAGGAGUGGGCGUGUUUACACGUGGUUURUUACCGACUGUUGUACGGGCGUUUCCUAGUAACGCCGCAAUAUUUUAUGUUUAUAAYUUUUGUUUAAAAAUUCUACAUCAAAAGGAUUUAUCUAUGACUUCAGAAGAAAUAUGAUUUCAUAA